AUGAUGCUGCAAAUAGCUCUAUGGCUUCUGGUCGGCUUGCUGUUCUUCUGGCUGCUCCUGAAUUAUAUCAGCAAAGUCGCCAGUGUCCUGUGGGAGAUCCUCGUGCCUAUCAUCGACUCGAAACCGGUCGAUCUGCGUACGAAAUUCGGCGAAUGGGCUGUCGUCACCGGGUCCACCGAUGGAAUUGGGAAAGCUUACGCGAAAGAGUUGGCCGCGAGGGGGAUAAACCUGGUGUUGAUCAGUCGAACGUUGGAGAAAUUAGAGAAGACCAGGAGCGAGAUCCUCGACGAGAAUCCGACGGUCGAGGUGAAGAUCAUCGUGGCGGAUUUCAGCAAGGGUAAAGAGAUCUUCGAGAAACUCGCUGAACAGCUGAACGAGAUUCCAAUUGGUAUCUUAGUGAACAACGUAGGCAUGCAGUAUAGCUAUCCGAUGUAUCUCGGCGAGGUGCCGGAACACGAGCUAUGGGACAUCAUAAACGUGAACGUGGGCGCCACGACGAUGAUGACACGGACGAUAAUCGGUCAGAUGCAGAAACGCGGAAAAGGUGCCAUCGUGAACGUCUCGUCCGGCUCUGAAUUGCAACCGUUACCGCUGAUGACCGUGUACGCGGCCACGAAAGUUUACAUUAGAAGCUUCUCCGAGGCUCUCAGAGCUGAAUAUUCCAGAUUCGGGUUGACCGUACAGCAUUUAACACCGUUCUUCGUCAGCACGAAGAUGAACGCGUUCAGCAAUCGUUUACAGGUGUCCAGUAUUUUUGUCCCUACCGCGGUGACUUAUGCCAAAAAUGCUAUCACCACACUGGGAAAAAUGGAUUCGGGUACUGGCUACUGGGGCCACGGGAUCCAGAAGAUCUUCACGCUGAUACCACCGGUGCAGAUAAGAACGAAGGUCGGAUGGAUUAUGAACAAAGGGUUCAGGCAGGACUACUUCAACCAGAAGAGGAACGCUUAGGCGAUGGUCAAUAUGUUCCUAUUCUGUUCUUUACACUA